CUACCCACUGCCCUCCACCCUCUACCUUCCUACUUGGUUGUGCUCCUGCCACAGGUGAAAGGGUUGCCUGGACUGAGCUCUGUGGACCCUGGGGCCACAGGGCACUUGCAGGAGCUCCACAAGGCAGACUGCAUCAAGGCAGUGAGGAUGAGCCUCUCCAGCACUAUGCCUGAGGCCUGUGCCCGCCUUGCCUGCAGCAUCUCUGCCCUGUUCAAGGGGGGUGGCCUUGAGUGCUGCUGCCACACCAAGAGUGCCACCAAUGCCAUUUGUAACCCUGUGAACGGGCAGUGCCCAUGUCGGGCAGGCCUUGCUGGUCACUGCUGUGACCACUGCCCCUAUGGCUGGUGGGGCUUCCCAUGCUGCCAAACCUGUGCCUGCAAUGGAGCUGCUGAGUUGUGCUAUCCACUCACAGGAGUCUGCCAGGACUGCCACGGGGCCACAAUGGGCCAGCACUGUGAGAGGUGCUUGGAUGGCUACUACGGAGACCCCACCCUGGGCUCAGGCCAGCAGUGCCGGCCCUGCCUCUGUCCUGGGCACCCUGGCUCAGGCAUCUCUCAUGGGACUUCCUGCCAUGUGGACAGCACCAGUGGAUGUGUCCUGUGUCUCUGUGCACCUGGCUAUGCAGGUGAGGCAUGGUUGCCAGUGACAAACCCAUGGCCCUGCUCACUUGUACACAAUCCCAUCAGGUCCACGAGGCAAAUCUUUGCCAGUGUCACCUGUGUGUUUGAGCUGCAGGGCCCCCGCUGCGACCUCUGUUCCUCGGGCUACUUUGGGCACCCUUGGCCAGGAGAUGACCCCAGAAGGAGUCCAUUCCAGCCCUGCCAGUGCAACAACAAUAUUGAUCCCGUGAUCCAGCCACCUGUGACCCCCACAGUGGACACUGCCAGUGCUGUCUGCACCACAGCCAUGGCCCUGGCUGUGCCCACUGUGGGCCUGGCUUCCAAGGCAGUGCCCUGCACCAAGGGGGCUGCUGGCAUGAGUGUGUGA